CUUCACAUCUCUCAGUUCUUAGCAAGUAUAAAUUGUUUUUUGUUCUGGUGUCCUUAAUAACAUUUCAUAUUUUCGAAGUACAUUCAACGCUUUGGUUCGCUAUCGUACCGACUGAUAUCACUGGAAAAAUUAGCUUGCGUUCCAUCCAUUUUUUCACGUCAGGAAAAGUAAAAGUAUAACAAUGAAAAGAACCACGGCCAUCUUCAUAUUUGUAGUCUUGGUGGCAGUCGAGGCACGUAUCCACCGGCAAAAACGAGAAAACAUAAACUUAGUCGCGCUCUCGCGCCCCACGUCGGUGUUAGAUGGUUUCGAUAGAGCAGGAUAUUUAAAUUUUACUCAAACUACGUCAGAUAGUCCAGUCAAUUCGAGAGCUUAUUAUGUGGGUCUGGAGGAUGGAAAGUACAUUGGCUUGAUACACGAGGCACAAGAAAUCGGUGCGAACUGCGAUACAACAGGAAAAGCACUGGCUUCGUCAUAUGAAACAGGACCUACGAAACCGUUGAUUGCCAUCUCCGUGUUCGACUUUCGCUUGGAUCAAGAAGUUUUCGGAGUCGGAGAUUAUCACGCAUCAUUGAUAAAAGACAAUCGAAAUACUAUUCUCGAUCGAGUUCUUGUCAUUCAUCGAGUGCCAUCGAAUCUCGAAAUCUUUUUCAAAGAGGCUCUCGAAAACGGACAUCAUCAAUCCAGUGUCGUGUGUGGUUUUGUCACUUUAUUCGAAGAACCAAAUGGGUCAGCAUCACCGGAGGGACUAUAAAAAAACUUGAGACCAAAAUUCUCCACUGCAUAUCAAAGAUGUGACUCACCAUCGCAGAAAUUAUACUCCUUCAAUUUUCCGAUUGGCUGAUCAAUCACUGGCGAAACAACGAAUU